UGCGGUCUCCAAGGGUGAUAUUGACAAAACAUUGACAAAUCCUGUCAACAAAUUCAAUACACUCAUUUAAUUUUUUACAUAUUUAUUUUUACAAUUUAUAACCGUCGUCAUGUCCUUUCGGUGUCCAGAAUUACCCUUUUUACCAGGGUACUCUUUCGACCCAAACAUCGGGAAAACGAAUUUUCACUUAAACCCGAUAUUCGGUUUUAUCGGUAAGGGCAAUAGAGCUUUAAUCGAGAAAGUGAAACCGAAUAUGUUCGGACCGCUAUCUGAUAAAUUUCCAUCCAUUUAUCCGAGAGGACAAUCUGUGGAGCUGCCUGGCUGGAUUAUGUUCGAUAAACAGAUUUUGUGUUUCGACGCAUUUUUCCAAGAAACCCUUCAAGAAGUGCGCGGAUCGCCCUUCCAAGUGAGGAACGUGAAAAUUUAUUAUUUUCUUGAAGAUGGCACCAUUCAAGUGGUGGAACCGAAGGUGGAAAACAGUGGGGUUGACCAAGGGACAUUAAUAUCCCGCCAACGUAUACGCCUUCCAGCCCCGAUGGACGAUAACUUCUACGAUAUGGUAGACUUCAAUAUUGGAAGAGAAGUAGAAUUUUACGCGAGAGUGUUUAAAAUAGUCAAUUGCGAUAAGUUUACUCGAACUUUCUUAAACCGUUGCGGCAUUUCUGUGCCAGAUCCUAUAGUCACUCCCGCCGAUCCUUAUACGGAGCUCAGAUUUCACGAUAAGGAUUCCAUACAACCGAAAAAACCGAACAGAAUGAAGGACGAAUUGGGGAAGUUUUUAGAAAAUGACCGGAAGGUAUUGCAUUUCAAAGCUUAUUGGGACGACCAAAACACUGAAUACGGAUAUCUGCACCUUCUGGAACUAAGAUAUUAUUUGGCAGAUGACACUAUAGAGAUAAAAGAGCUGCAAUCUGAUUCUGGUGGAGAGCCCGGUUUUCUGUUCUUGAGGCGUGGAAAACUGCCUAAAAGAUAUAAAGAACUACCAUCGGUUGGAAGCAACUCAAACUACACAGUCCUAAACGUCCUGGGGUCCGCCCUGAGCAACAGAAGGUACCUGGUUGACCCUUUGGACUGUGGUAGAGAAAACAUCGAAUAUUAUGGCGAAAAAGACUUAAGUAUAGGAGCGGUAAUAAAUUGCUAUGGCAGAAAACUGGUGCUGACCGAAUGCGACGCAUUCACCAAAGAAUACUACGCCACCAAAUACGGUAUAAGCGAGUUCACCCCCGUAGAAGUACCGACGAAAAAUAAGACUACGACCCUUAUUGCCAAACCAAGCGAACGGGAAUUACCGCCGUGGAACGGGUUCGGCACUUACGAGGAUUCUGCGCAAAACUGUAUCACUGUUGAACCGAAGGCGCCUAUAAAGGACUUUAAGAAGUUCUUGUUGUAUGACAGGGUUGGCUUAGACAGUCACGUUCUUCGCUUCACUGCCAAAAUGAUAUCAAAGACACCAGAAAACUGCACUAGAAACUUCAUAAUAAGCUACAAUCUCACCGAUGAUACUAUUGCAGUGUUUGAGGUGGCUCAGAGGAAUUCAGGUUUCACGACGUCUUGCUUCGCAGCAAGAUCAGCAGUUCAACUGCCAGGCCAAAAAAUCUUCACAAGCAAACCGCCAUUAACUUACACCAUUCAGCACAUGUUUAUUGGCGCUACCCUUAUUAUAAACGGGUUUGAGUUCGUCUUGGUGGAUGCUGACGAGUACGCUUUGCGUUAUAUGGAACUGAACUGUGGUCAAUUUCCCAAAGCGAAUAUUCAAAGGAUCAUGGAUAAAGUAAGGGAAAAGUUACGUCCCAUUUAUAAAGAUUUCGUUGCGGAAAAUAUACCCCACGAAAGUUCGGUUAUUUCGUAUGAAAAGUUACGAGCGAAAUUGUGUAAGAUAAUGGGAGAUGACUUUACCGAACAUGAAAUGAUUACUAUUGCUCGAGCUUUUUCUGCUAGCUGUUACAAAGAGAGAUAUGAUAGGCAAAAAAUAAGGGCAAUAGCCUUAACAGAACUAAAAAGGUUCCUUUGGGACGACCUGGAGCGACUUCGAGAGUACUUUCUACAAACCGACCACUCUAAAACGGGAAAACUCACUAAAAAAGAAUGCUACACUGUUCUAAAAGGAGCUCGCUUACCAUUCGAUAAUGAACUCUUGGAAAAAAUCUUAGAAGUAAUGCAGAAAUAUGAGGACUGCAAAAUUUCUUAUGAUGAAAUACUGCAGUUUCUGGACAGGAAUAUUUGUCCUCCUCCUGAUCAACCACCGAUCAACGUCAAGAACGAUCUGUGGUGGGGUUCAGAGCCAAGACCAGAAGCAGGAAGAUUAAUAGACUGGUGCGCCUUCAACAAAUACCUGAACCUAGAGUCAACAUUCAGAGAUACCAACGAGCCGGACUCGAUCAAAGCGUUGGAAAUGAAAAAUCCCCAGUAGUAGUUAUAUCGGCAAUAUUUAUUUAAAUAUACAAAAUUAAAAAUUAA